AUGGGCAGAAGAGGCGACCAACGCGGUGAAACACGCGAUUUCGAAAGGCAAAGACGGUUCAAUAGCAAGGAUUCACUUAAAAGUAUUCUCAAUGGUCCUGGCGAACCUAUACCUACCGAUGGGUUUGACUAUACUUCUCUUCCUCAUAGGAUGUCGCUAGAAGUCCCCAAGAGGAACCGUACCGACUUUGAUGCCCACAAUCACGUACAUGAUAUGUAUCGUGAGUUCGCCGACGAUUACUAUAAGAUCAAGAAGAAUAACAGCCUUAUAAUGAAGAUCAAGAGAACGGAAGGGGAGAGAGAAACUGACUUGGAGUAUCUUAUUGAGACAAUCACUAACCGCUUUCGAGCCGAGUAUAUCGUCGAGCAGCUGGUGAUGUCUGUAGUAGGAGAUGCUCCGGAUGGUGAAGCUGCUAUCGAGGAUUUGAAUACUAUCCCACUAUGGCGGACACAUAAGAUGGACGUGGUCAAUGACUCUGGAAUGUCUGACAGUGAAAUGACUGCAAUUUUGAACGAGUACGCUCGAAAGCAAGCGGAACCGGAUUUGGAUAUGCAAAUUCUCUAUUCCAAGCUUGAGGUUUACUACUACAAAUGCAAGUUAGAGGCAGAAGCUGAGAAAGAUGGAGAAUUUCUGGAAGAAGAUAAAUCACUUGCAUUUACCGCCGAAGAGGAGGUUGAGUUGCGUGAUUUGGUAAAAGAAAUCAACGAUCGGAGGACAAAGCUUGAGGCAUACCACUUAAUCGAAAAGUGUCGUAUUGUGGGAAAUAUGGCGUAUAUUGAGAGGGCUUCAUGCGUUCUCCUUGGAGGAAAGGCAGCCUAUCUUGGCGAUCUGAUGACAUUGCUCGAUGUCAUUCACAGAGAACGUCCGCUCGGGUACUUCGUUAAUGAAUAUUUAAAGGGAACUUUUAAAGAUCCUGAUGAUGAAGCUAGGUUCUUUCUGUUGCACAUUAACGAGGCAGCACCAGAGACGUUUCUAUGGAUGAAAGUUAUCUACAAGCCAACGCCAAGAGCCAAGGCUCUAUUCAAAUACGGAUUUUUGCAUCCUUCAGACGAGAUCACAAGAUGGCGAGAAAGGCCUCUCAACGAUACAUGGGCCCAAGCAGAUGCGUGGAUCGCAUUAGGGCUGGAUAUGAUUCCUCCUAAACGGCCUAUCGUAGACCGUGUAAGAAGAAACCUUGAGCACCAGCUCGAGCAGGAACCACACAAGAAGAAGUUGGCUGCGGUGGUUUCACUGAUACAAAGAGCAAGGUCAUUGCGUCCCAUCUACGACGAGUACGACAUGAGCUGUGCCAAGCUCCAAAUGGGCAAGGAUAUGGCUAAGGAUGCAUACAAGAAAGGAACAGAGACGGAGGCCUAA